GGGAAACUUCCGAGGCUGAGCGCGGAGCCCCGGCGUUACGCAAUCCGGAGCCGCCUGGCAGCUGCUGCGUGCCCCAACUUUCACGGCGGAGAAGGGGAGAUGGGCACCGCCGCUUUCCGCUAGGAAAUAGCGCAGGGAGAGCCGGAGCAGGGCGGUGCGCGGGCGCGGAACCCGGCCGAGGAGGGAUCGCGAGGAGCUGCCCCCGGCUCCUUCGCUCGGCGCCCGUAGCGCCCAACUCGCGGUGUGGCACUUCGGGGAAACCAGCCCCAAAGCCUCCUCGGGGCCACCGCCGCCGUUCUGCGGGCGGGCGGCGCUGGGAGGCGGCUCUCCUCGCCUCGGAACGUGCCCUUAACGCUCCGAUCCCCGGCCCCGAGCCCCCCGUCACCAGCACCGCUCGAUGGGAGACGGUGUGGAAACGCAGCGAGCGGGCGGACGGGACGCCCAGCACCGAGGUCGGGAGCUCGCAGCAGCGAGGGGUGCGGGCUGCGGCGAGCGCCGGGCGGUGGGGAGGUGGCGGGGGGACACGGUGCAGCGGGGAACGCGGAGGGCACAGUCUGGGCUCGCAUUGCCGCCCCCCGGGGCCUGGCCCCGGGCCCCCGCGCUGCUGUGGGACACGGAGACGGCGGAGCACCGGGUUUGACCUUGGGGGGCUCAGCCGCUGCGGGCAGCACCGGGGAGGUUUUCACUCGGGAGGUCUGUGCUCGGGAAGUUUGCACCGAGCCGUUUUUUCCCACCCUCGAGCAGCGUUAUUUUUCUGUGAAACAUUGGAAAGUAGUGAGAAAAGGCAGAACGGGUCAUGCCUAAGAGAGAGGGGAGACUUAUCCCUCUGCUUAAGUGCACGGUGGUGAUUACUGCCCGUAGACACGGUGCUGACAGCAGUGCUGUACAUAUCAAGGUUAAAAUCUCGCUGCUGGAUGAAGAACUCCUCUCGGAAAUCACAUGGCUGUCACCGUCCGAGCCAUGCGCUGCAUUUAAUGCAACACUGCAAACAAACCCCUCUAGCAGAAACAAGGAGCAUAUUCCCUAGGAGAGGCCGAGGGGUGUCCUAGCAGCAUGCCCGCGCCUUCCUCUUCACUACAGCCAUUCUGUUCCCCAAGUCCAAAAAGCAGUUGCAAGUUAAGAGCUGCAUUUUGUUCUGGCGUUAGCAGUGCGCACGAGCAGCUCGGCCGGAGAUCUGUCAGAGCUCAGACACCACUACUUUGUCACCCAGGGCUCUGUUCCCCACAGUGGUGGCACAGUCCUUGGCUUCCGUGGGAAUGCACGAUGUACAUUGCUAAUCUGAGCGCUCCUAAUGAACGGCUGUAAAAUAAAAUUACCGCCCUCGAGUUUAAGGUGCCGUUGCACUGCAUUUAAAGCAUACUGCUGCCCAGAAUGAGCUCACUGGAGAAGGCUGACAUGAAAUAAGCUUUUCUUUUUCUUUUUUUUUUUUUUUUUCCCUUUUGGUAAGGACGUCACAAUGCCCUUGAUGGGAGACGUGUUCUUUAGGGCUCCGUAAUUAUUAACGCCGUAUAUAUCUUUAAGAGGAUGCUCAAAACGUUUGUAAUGUUGAGUGCAAGCAGUGCCUUUCCCCAGCCUGACCGCGCUCAGACACAAAACCAAAAGGCAGCACCACAGCUCAGUUACUCACCGAGGGACAGCACUCAGCACGCACUGCACCCUUCCCACUGAUGAAGCUCACGAACAAGUAGCUCCUAAGAUCACUGCUGCAUUUCUUUUCUUUCCCAGUUAACUAUUUCAGUGUCAGAAGGUCUUUUUUGUAACGACGGAUGCAGAGCAUUUGUAAUGAAUUUGGAGGCAGAUGAGCAGCUAAGUUCAUGCAGAUUCACAUGGAAGAAGGAGAAUGGAGCUGAGAGCCCCGGAGCCUGCACAAGCAGCGGCACAGCGUGCGAGCUGGCUCCCGGCGUGCACUACCAGGGACCGAACACUACUGGUCACCACAACACUUCUGCUGCCGGAGACCCGGCCGUGGGGCACGCUGUGCCAACGACACAGGGAGACGUUGAUGUUUUGUUUAUCCUGUGCCGGAGAAUUUCAGAGCAACCAACCAGCGCUGUGAAACGCCAGCUCUGUGCCGUGGCCGAUGUGGGAGUGAAAGCUGGGGAAGCCUAUCAGCUUGCCAAAAGCCUGUGCGAAGUGUCAGGAUACCUCUGCAAAGCAACGGAGCUGCGUAUCGCACGGCAGCUCCUUGCCCAGCCACAGUCAACUUGGCAGGGAGAACUUAGGAUGUACAGUCACAGAAUUCACAGGGCUUGAGGAAAUUACAGCAGAUCUAGAAUGCUUGAGAACACAGUCACAAGCAAAACUUGCUUAAAUCAGAUACUGAAAAGGUAUUGUUUUAUGCCUUGUGACAGCCACUAUUUGAAGCAUUGCUGAAAAUCUAUGCAAGAUUAAAAAAACAUGUCAGCAACCAAUCUGUACCUGUUUUUUACAGCACAGCGCUGCCUUGCAUCUUGUUGUUUUCAGAUUCAGUGGGCUUUGAGGAAAUGAGGUAGCAAACAUUUUAAGUAAAACAACCUCAGCGUGGUGAAUGCGGUGGGAGUUCCACGUUCAGCCUGUUGAGAAGCAGUGUUUGCUUUUCUUCUGCUCAGAACAAUGCUGCAGAACCUAUGGACGUACACAGGUUCAACUCCCCGGGUACCGACAGUCAGUUUUAAACCGUUACUGACUACACAGAAGAGGAUCAGAGCCUUCUCUUAUUUUAGUGGCACAUCACCACUCUGAAGUCAAUUUACUACAACGCUACUACUUUCAGGCAGAAAAUAGGUUCUCUGCUGGAUGAUCCCGGAAUACUUCAGGGUAGUUCCACUUGUUUGCAGAUUUGCAAUGCCCUCUGCCUUAAAAGUCACCUGCUUUCAAGGGAUACAUAGGAACCGCAGUCUCACAGCCAAAGCUAUAGGUUGUAACAGUAAGGACUCAGUGUUGUGUCAGCUGCUUUCCAUGUCCUCCUCUUUACCUAUUUUUUUUUUUUUUAUUUCAGAGGCAAAAAGGCAGGAGCUGAUUUUAGUCCAGCAAUAGUUAUUGCAGCCAAAUCCACGAUUUAAACACAGAAACAUAGAGAGGAAUUAGGGCCAUUUUCACAGUCUGAACAACACAGGACAAAUGUAAAAGCCCUGGCUCUGGAGGCCUCUAGGUCCUGCAGCUCUUGGAUGCAGAUCUGAACUUCUUAAACUCUCAUUACAAGAGGAGAUUCUUGUCCUUACAUGGAGGUGCUGAGGUUCUACCACAUGCCCAGUUCCCAAAUCUGGGUGCCUUGCUGGCAAUUGCCUCAAACUCAGCCCACACCAAACUGCUGCAUUAAACAUCUCUGCAAUGCCACCUCGAUAAGGCCGCAUCUCUGAUGCUGCAGCCACCAAAACGAUGAGCUGGAGCAGCCCAUCUGUAACCAGUUAUAUGCUUGUCGCAUACCUGUCAGGGAUUUAACUGUAUGGCUUAGCGUGGACAAGCUGUAUUUGAGAUGAGGCUUUGGUAUUCAUUGUCAAUACAAGAGACUAUAAUUACGAAAAUAAUUUUUAAAAAGUCAUACUUGAGAACUAAAAAGCAAAGCGAACCAAAAUAUUCACCUCUUGUCCUGUACUUUGUGUUUGGGAGAACAGAGUGGAGUAAUCAGGCAGUGAGUGACACAGAGGAACACUGCAUCAAGACUAAAAGAGUCCCGAAUGAAGCGGUCACUGCAUUAGCUACUCCUGCAGAACCACUCCAGCUUGGUUUCUAAAAUCCCCCCCUAACACCCGUUUCAUUGAACGGGUUAGGAAGAAAUGCAGUCAGAUGCUGGACCCAAGAACACAAAUGCACGUGACUUCUGCAACCAAUUUACCAAAGCUGCAGAAAUGAACUCUGCAGUGCCUGCCACACUCACUUCCUACAGUGAAUGAACGCUGUGGCAGUCCCGUGCAGACUCUCCCCCAUAGGUCCUGUCCAUUCAGUGACAGGGUCACUUUGCAGCAUCGGUCACUGUGCUGCAGAAUGCUUUCCUCCCUGACUGAAUUCCACCUGGACAUCCCGGUCCUCCACAUGCAGAGCUCAAGUUUUCCACCCGCCUCCAGAGAGACCAUUUGUUUAUUUUUUACUAUUAUUACUUAGCACCAAGCCUGAGGACUUUUUCCUCUAUGUGCAUUUACUUCUACUUUCACUUGACCUGGUGCAGCGGUUCCUUAUUACUGGUACUGAAAUACUACUGACAGAAUCCCAGCUUGAACUCACGUCCACGCUACCCGCGGGGAAGAGAAGCAAGUGGCUCCUGUUAUUUUUGCCCGUCCAUGAUCGCUGCGGCACACGUAAACCAUUUGACAAACAGAAGCAAAAGGAGGUGAGCCUGGAUGGUCUGGAGAGAGGAAGAGUCAGCAGCUAACAAGAAGCAGAGCACAGCGCUGCCACCAAAGCACAGCAGCGAGCGCUCACACCUGAGCUGCUCUUGCAUGUGAAUGAGUCCAUGAGGUCAGAGCCGAUGCAGGCUGCACAACCCAGCCAAGCCCCCGAUGUUUGAACCACGGUGUGACUUAACAAAUAAAAAAAGAGCCUCCGUCCCUCCUAAUAUGAAACUGUGUAAGCAGGCAUCAUGGUGAGUAAGGAGCCCAGCAAAUGCUUACUCACCACCUCGGAAAGCGAAGUUGAGCCUGCGGCUUCACUCGCUUUGGAGAUGAAAUAUGCACUGGAUCCCAACCGGCAGAUAAAGAAACGCAACAAAGCCCUGCAGGUGAGAUUUAAGGAUAUCUGCGAGGCCCAGAACGAGCAGCGGGACAAGCAGCUCUCCACCACCCAGGAUACAGACAAAAGAGAAGCCAAGCCCGUUUCCUACAAAACGGCGUAUCGCAAGUACAUGACGGUGCCUGCCCGGAGGUCCAUCCCCAACGUCACCAAGAGCACAGGAGUUCAGACAUCCCCCGAUCUCAAGAAGUGUUACCAGACCUUUCCUUUGGACCGGAAAAAAGGGAAUAUCAUUAAAAGCGCCUCGGCUGUUGACACCUUUAAGAGCGAAAACAACGGCUUCCUGAUUGAUAUUAAGGAGAAGGACAGCAGGAGCUCGGAGGAGGGCAGCCAGUGGGGCAAGAAGGCCGGCAGCCUGCAGACGGCCGAGUUCAUCUCCCACGUGGGCGAGCGGGCGAGCGCGGGGCCCGGCGCGGCCUGGACCUGGCAGAGCGCUGAGCUGCACGGCUGCGGCCUCCUCAACGCGGCCGAGCCCGGCAAGGGCAAGCCGGGAACCGAGGAGCCGGCCCAGCCCCUCCACGGGAGGGUAUUUAAGACAGAAGUGGCCACCGUGUACCUGCCGGCGGGCGGCCCGGACGCCUCGCAGCCUGAGCCCGACUGGUCGCUGUGCCCGGCGGGCGAGGAGGACAAAAAGAGGACCGUGCACCUGAAUGGCGUGCAGGCCCAGGCGGGAGACGCGGCCGCUUGCCCGUCGCAGGCGCAGUGCCGGGCCAGCGAAUGUAGCGAGCGGGGCCUUCAGGUGAACGCGGCGCCCAUGGAGGGUGCGCAGCCCUGCCAGGCCGCCGUCGCCCUGAGCGAGGAAUGCCAACAAAUCGUGCCUCACACGGAAGUUGUGGACUUGAAAGCGCAGCUUCAGAUGAUGGAAAAUUUGAUCAGCUCGAGCCAGGAAACCAUAAAGGUGUUGUUGGGUGUUAUACAGGAGCUAGAGAAAGGAGAAGCUCACAGAGAAGGGUCAAAGCUGCAUAUUUCCCAGAGGAGACUGUUUCAAUGCCUGCUGCCAGCCCACACGACCAUCCUUAAGCCCUCGCACUUCAAAUUCUCCGUAACUCCAAAUGAACACAAACAGAAGACUGACCAUCACAAGAUCCAGUGUCAUUCAAGGAGUAACCUCACAUUUCGCUUUCCGAAUCAGAUGACUGACAACAAUCUGAAGCUAUAUCUGCAAGGGCACGUGACAUGUGUUUCACAGUAUAGUAUGGCCGCAUUUCACAGAUCUUCCAAACUUGAUGGGACUCUUUUUUUGUAUAGGAUUUUUUGGUAGGAGUGGGAACAAAUCUAUUCUGUUGCUCAUAAUCAGAGCUUCAGAUCACAUUGUCAAGGUGGAUAUAAAGCAAGGGCAAACAGUUCACAGACAUUUCAGAAUACCCAGACACUACGGGUGCUUAUGGAGCGCUGCAUUAAGUAGCCUGACCAUAACAGCUGCCCUAUGGCAACUGAACAUCCUUCUUUAGAAAUACAGCCAUAGGAGAUUUUCAUCAAGCAAACACUGAUGAAUGAAAAUGAAAAAUGAACUGUUAGGAACACUCAGUAUGUAGGACAGACGUAAAACUAAAAAAAAAAUCCACAACAACAAACCCAAAGAAAUACCUUUUUAACAGAGUUGUUCAAGCUUAACACUUCUACUCUGUUUUCUCCAGAAAUGACAGUGGGAAUAUUUGAGUUUCAGAACAUAUACAUCAUUUUGCUGAAUGUACCAGCUGUCAGCUGCACAUACUACUGCUCUUCCCAACUGUGCCUGGGCAUUUCAGACAUUCACAAAAGUGGUGUGAUGUCUAUCUGGUUGCUGCUCCCCCUGUUUUUAGAACAAGACAAAGUCUCGCUUGCCGCCUCACCUCCCCAUUUCAGCGGGGCUCUGCAGCUCUCCAUGCUCUGAAGUUAAAAAUGAGGCUCCAGGCUUUCUACCAAAUGCCUCCAGUGCCACAGAACAAACUUCUGCAAGUCACAUGUGGAAUUAGCCAAGUCUUAACAAUGAAUGAUUUUAAAAAGUGUAAGCAGACUAACGUUCUCGCUAAAUAUAUCCAUAUGAAUUACUGCAGAUCGUAAGGGAAGCUUUUCCAACUGUCACCGAGCUGUCCAAAUUACAUACCUGCAAGGAGAGUUUUUCAGCUAAAUUAGUCUUAAAAAGAGGAUGUUAUUUAGGUACUGAAUUACCAGUUUUCACUUCACACAAUUAGAAUAAUCCUUUAAUAACGGCAUUUUGAAUGUCAGUAGUAUCAGAAUCCAGAGAGAGAGCAGUGAGCCACAGAUCUAUCCAGUCAUGUAAGAAUGAGACAAAAUGAGCUUUAUCGUGUCAAAUUUGUCACUGCUGUCGGUUCUCCGAGAGAUUAAUCCCCAGAUUUCUAAUUGACACCUACUUGUGAGCCUUCGUGCUUUACCCAGAGCUAUGGUUAUCUUUCAUCCUGAUUGGAGAAAAAUGCAUUCUGACUACAGACAAUUCCAGUAGGAAGGUUUGCCCAAAGAGAGGUGCUUUAUUUUUAAACUGUCGAGCCUCCUGGCCACCCAGGUUCCAGAAUUAAGAGAUAAAAAUGCAGUUCGGUCUUAGGAAAGCCCUGUGCAUGCCCCACCUGCCAUGUCUGUGUCACUGCUGGCUUUCUCUGCAAUCACAACAUCUGGGUACUGCUCUCAGCUCACCCCUUAAGAAACUACGGUGUUACGCUGUUUCAAAUCUUCUUGUGGCUUCGUUUUGGACUUUGCAAAUACAGAGACAUUUAGAAGAUAGUUGAGUAAAUAAAUAAAUUAAUUAAAAGAUGCAGAACAGUCCAACAUGGACACCUACUCACUGUCUGCAGCCAGUACUAGGUUAUUCUUCCCAGUCACUGAACUAUUCUCCCUCGUUAUCUGCAAACACUAGAAAAUGAGCAUGUCAAUAGAAUACUUAACUGGGGACAAAUCAGAGAUUUUCUGCAGAAGUUCAUUGUGGUUGUCUGGUUUUGCCUCCCACUGAGCAGUAGGACAGGGCCUGGAUGUGUCACAGGGCAGGUGAAGGAAAGCUGCUCUCCUGCAGGACACCGAAACCCCUCCGACCCCCCAGCUCUCUUUAUUAAUAAAACUGGUGCAGCAAGACGAUAGAGGAUUUUUUUCACCAUGUUACUUGCUGCACGAAUAAACUAGAAGAGAACAGAAUAUUGUAUUGGGUUCAGUACUUUCUUUUUUCCCUCUUGGUUAUCCCUAAGAAGAUGAAAUAGAAGCUGAGUGUGGUGUAAUAAUUCAUCAGAAAGAGCAAACUGCAGAGAUGAGCAGAGGUAUUUGACAUUAACAAGGCAAUUUACACCCCACAGUAGCUCAACCUGGCACGACUUUGGUCAUUUCUUUGGUAAAUGAGAUUUGCUUACUUCGCCGUCAUCUGUAUGAGCUCAGAGAAAAUUUCUAGGGAUGGGACCUUGCUGAGCAUCUGUGCACAAAGCUCAAGCAAGUGCAGAACUGCUUCUCUAUCGAUUCUGCUGUACUGCAGUGAAAUCUGAAACUACUGUUAUUUAGGGAAAUGAAAAAAACCAGCAAGUACUGUGAACCUGCAAAGACUUAACUCAAAACAGAAAGAGUUCUUGUGCUUCCAAGGACCUUCCUUCUGUUUUUUCCUCUCCAUAAGAUCCCGUCUUUCUCACAAGCACUACACAAACAGCAACAACGCGAGCCGGCCAUUGUACUCUGUCUUUUUAAUGUUACACCGCUGUGUAAUACACUGAAUUUUAAACAAGCCUUUGGUUUGCAUCCAGUAUGGCUGGUAGCAGUACUGUAAGCUGGCAUCGGCUUAUAUAUGUAAUGCACACCAAGUAUUUGAGCUUGCACUGAAAUCUCAGUCGCUUUGAAAUUAUGAAAAAAUACCAGAGAUUCAUUUCUCCUGUGUUCCCUCCUUUAUGGAAACACUGCAUGUUAGUAUCCUUCCUAAUUUAAAAGUCUGAGUCAAGCAACAUCUGAAGUGCUGUGUUUUAAUAUAGUUAUUCACCGUAAAAAUGAGAUUAGCUCCUACCUGCGGAAUUCCCUUUGCUCCGAGUGGAGCCUACUGGCAUGAAGCCUGUGAUGGUCUCUGCACGUGGGCCAACCACGGGCCACAGCACAGGGAGCUCAGUGACCACCCCACAGCAGGGACGUGUGAAGGCACAAGCUGUGGGCAUGGAAUAAUGACAGGAAGGUCUGAGGCAAAUCACACAGGGGAGAUGCAGAGUGCAAGGGGCAGAGGCACAGACCUCAGCGCGGUGUCAGCGCUGGAGGGACACGCACCCAGUAACCCACAGGAAGCAACUGGCCGGAGUGCCCAGCCAGCAGUGCUCAGCCCCAGCAAAUAAACCCCCUCAACUAUUAUUAAUGCACAGCUGACAUUUCAAUUAUCCCUCUCAUUUUUUGAUGACAUGACAGAGGCACAGAGAUAUUCAAGAGAUAAGCUAGACCUCAAAAGCUUCUAGUUCCUUCAAGGUUUUCUGAUUUCACUUGAAACAGCUUUAAUUCUUUUGAUUCUCAGGUGUUGGGCUUUUUUUUAUUUUAAUCACAAGGCAGCCCUGUUAAAAUACAUUCAUUAAAAAAAAACAAAAAAAAAACAAAAAAAACCCAAAACAACAAUUCUCCACUCCCUGACUAACCUGAGUAUAAUAUAAAAAUGUAUUUACAGGGU